GCUAAAAACAUUGCUCACCGUUAUGGAAAGCCUCGUCAACUUACCUAAGCUGUCGUCGUGUAACACUUGACUGCCGAAAUUUACUUUAAUAGCAGUAUCUGAAUGAUACAAUUUCUCGGCUUGCCAUCUAUUUCUUCACACAUUCCAGUCUCCGGAGAGAAAUAACUACCACUACAUAUACAAUAAUUCAUAAAUAUGUCAAAAACUAUAUUCAUUACAGGCGGAUCAAGUGGGCUAGGCCGAACAGCAGCUAAACGUUUCCUAUCCGAAGGCUACACGGUGGUAAUUACAGGCAGAACCAAAACCAAGCUUAAAGAGGCUGUGCAAUGGAUCCAGCCUUCUACUGAUGGUCAAAAGCGCUUGCAUACAAUCACUUUGGAUUUGGAAAGCCUAUCAUCUAUCCGUGAUGCCGUGGAAGCCUUCAAAGCACUGGGCUUGCCAACGCUUGACAUUCUGAUCAAUAAUGCUGGUCGCAUGACUCCUAGUCUCGAGUAUACCGCAGAAACUGACAAAGUAGAAAAAACAAUCUUUACAAAUGCAAUUGGACCUUGGUACCUGACCAUGUUAUUAAAACCAUUAAUUCCACCAGGCGGCCGUAUAUUCUUUGUCACUUCCGAUUUUCACAACCCCAACCCUCCUCCCGGCAGCGUAUUUAUGGCCCAUCUCAACACCGAUUUACUGAUCAAGCCAGAUCUGCUCGAUCUUUUGGAUGGGAAAAAGGCAAAAUACAACUCACUUGCAUACUACAAGGUCAGCAAGCUUGCCGUGCUCUGGAUUGCUUAUGUAAUGGCCCAGCAAUACCCAGAGUUGUCGAUCAACGCGUUUUGUCCUGGUUUUCUUCCUUCGACAGGAUUAAGUCGUGACGAGCCGAAACUUGUUGGUGUAUUCAUCAAGUUGUUUGGCAGUAUCACGGGUAAAGGAGUGUCCGAGGAAGAUGGCGUGUCCAAGAUCGUGUAUUAUGUGGCAAGCGAGGAACUCAAGGGCGUCACUGGCGAGUACUUUAAGGACGGAAAAAAGGAGGAAAGCUCAGAGCGUUCGCACAAUAUGGAAGAAGCAACCAAGUUCUGGAAUCUCGCGUGUGAUAUUUGUAAAAUUCCAGAGUUUGCUUUGUAGUAAUUUAUCGCUGUCUAAUAUAUCAUAGCUCUUCGUAUUCAUGUACUUCACGGACUCAAUUGUGAUAGCAGUACCAGCAAACAUGCAGAUAUACAUUGAGCACAUAUCGCCAUUAAACAGCAGCGUUCACUUUGUGAAACUCGUAAACAAUACAUAAUGGAAACCACUCAAUUCAUUGCUAGCAUUGGAAACGUACAGUAACACAAAAAAUAGUAGCAGAGCCAGCAUCAACCCACAGCCCCACAGCCGCAG